AUGCCAGACAUCACAUGGACGCACAACGGAUCUCCGAUCAACACAAGCUCUCACAGGAUGCAAUUGUCUAGUAGUGGCUUGUCGUUGACACUGACGAAUUUGCUGCCCCGGGACAGGGGAGUCUACAAAGUCUUGAUCAGCAACUCCGAAGGAAGUGACAACCGGACGUUCUCCAUGGAUAUUCUGUUUCCUCCAGUCGUCCUACAUAACUCUGUGUUGAACAACACCAGACAACUUGGAGAUAAUAUCACCUUCAUGAUAUCCCUGACCCAAUCGUCGAAUCCAUCCCCAAACUGGUUUGUCUUCCACAAUCACAUCCCUCUCAGCGAAACAUUAUACAGGAGUAAUAUUUCCAGAACCAAAGAUAUUUUUAUGGUAACAAGAAAUCAUUUGAAAGUGUCCGAUGGUGGCUUGUAUACAUGUGUCGUGAAUAACACCCAAGGUUCAGACAGGGUCACGUUUCGUCUAGAUGUUCAGGCACCACCCAUUGUGGACACAUUCUCAGCCUUAAACACCACCAGAAUGCUCGGUGAAAAUGCCACCUUCUACGUCACCCUGAAAUACACACCCAAUCCAAUGCCAGCUAUAGCAUGGAUGCACAAUGGAUCCCUAAUCAACACACGCUCAGACAGAAUGCAAUUGUCGAGCAAUGGCUUGUCGUUGACACUGAAAAAUCUGUUACCCGCGGACGGGGGAGUUUACACCAUCUUUGUGAAUAACUCUCUGGGAACUGCAAAUGCAACAUUCUCCAUGGAUAUUCAGGUUCCUCCAGUUGUGUACAUGACCUCAACCCUGAACAGCACGAAACAAAUGAAUGAAAACAUCUCGUUCUCCGUCACCCUGCGGCACACACCCAAUCCACUGCCGACCAUCACAUGGCUGCACAAUGGAUCACCAAUCAACCUCAGUGCGAGCAGAAUGCAAUUGUCUAGUGAUAGUUUGUCGUUGAACUUGACACAUCUAGGGAUCUCCGACGCUGGAUGGUAUAUUUUCUCGAUAAGAAACACCAUAGGAACAGAAGUAGUGAAGUUCUUCCUGGAUGUUCAAGUUCCUCCAGUUGUGGACACGUUCGCAACCCUGAACAGUACGAAAGAGUUCAGCGAAAACAUCUCGUUUUACGUUACCCUGACACGUGCACCGAAUCCACUGCCGACCAUCACAUGGCUGCACAAUGGAUUGCCAAUCAACAAAAGUGGGAGCAAAAUGCAAUUGUCCAGCAAUAUUUUGUCAUUGAACUUGACAGAUCUAGCGGUGUCCGACACUGGAUUUUAUACAGUCUUGAUCAACAACACCUUAGGAUCAGAGAAAGUGAUGUUCUUCCUGGAAGUUCAAGAAUUGGAUAAUUAA